AUGUUGUUUAGUAUUGUUGGGUUGGAGGAGCCGGCGCCCAUUGUUGUUGCUGUUGGGGUUGCUGAGCUUGUUGUGGAACUGGAGCUGGGGCCGUUGACACGUUUGGAGGGUAAGCAUACUGUUGUUGCUGUUGUUGAGGAGUUGGAGUAUAGUGUUGAGGAUAUGGAUGUUGUUGCUGGACUUGUUGAGCAGGAGGAGCGGCUUGUUGAUAGUAGGGAGCUUGCUGAAAACCAGUGUUAA